AAACAGCACAACUCCCCUAGUCUAGCACGAGUGCUCCGAAAUCUUUUCCAACAUCUGCCAUUGUCCCCUGGAGGGCACGUCGCGCACUGUACAUACAUGCAUACCGCCGGCGUUGCUCCCUUAUCCACCAUAUCUUCUAGUUCUUUUUGUACACAUUUCGACAACUCCACGCCUGCACCGCUCGAUCGCGCACAGUGCACAAACGCUCUUUUUUUCCGCUCCGGUUUCUCGGUCCCUCACUUUUUGUUUCCAUCCAAGUGUUUUAGAAGCUCGUUCGGCCUCGCAAUGGUUCAAACCCUUACUCCUCCUCGAUCGCCUUCCCUCAAUUCUGCAAUCUCUGCAUCCACCCAAAAAUGCGUUGCGCGCGACUCCUCCAUUGGGACGACAUCGCGGCCUUAAUCCUAUCCCAUCUUGUUCAUCUCUACGGUAAUCCUCUAUUCCGGCCACAGCCCGCCUGAUCCUAUCCUAUCGAUCCUAUACUUUUUGCUUCUUGCUGAGUGAGAGGUAGAGUUCGGAGCGGUGAGGGGACGCUGGGAGGGGGAGUAUGUGUUGUCGAUGACGUCUGUUCUGUAGGAGGGGGGGAGCUUGAACGUUGCGGUUACAGUUGAGAGAGUUCAGAAGACGUUCAAUUCCCGUGUAUUUCGAUUCGCAUCUGACCGUGUUGAUUUCGUGUUCGAAUUGUUUGGGGCUUUCGAAAAGGUUGGCAUGAUACGUAUAUACAUACAUGUGUUAGGCGUGGAACAAUUAAAUUUUGAUGUAUGUUUUUCCGAGUUUCUGUCUGUCUUGUUAACCACAUCUCUGUCCGAGUUC